CGGAUAGAUAAAUAGGGCAGGACAGACAAAUUCUUGGCAGUUGCUUUGAGUGAACGUGAAGCAAGUACAGCGAGUGCAAGUUCUUUCCUGGAGUGUGUGCGAGCAUCGUUGGAAAUUACCACCAUGUGUGAACUGCUGUGUAGCUUACGCGGAUACCGGACUCUUUACAACAACAUCCGCCGAGCGGCCCACGAUUGCAGGGAUGCUCUUGCAAUCGCCAUCUCGAGAGAGAACCGGCCGGGGCUGCUGCGAGACGCAGCCUCGUCAGGCAACGUGCUGCGCCUAAGGCUGCUGCUGCGCGCGUGCCCCUGGAGCGACGAGGAGGUUGCGCAUGCGCUGUUCGCCGUCCCGUCGCGCCGCUCCGCCCGCGCCGUCGCUCGCGCCAUCGCCCGCGCGCGCCCCGCCGUCUUCCAGGCGGCGUCGCCGUGGGCGGUGGUGGGCGCGGUGAUGGCGGAGGACAUGGGCGCGCUGCGCGGGCUACUGGACGCAGGGGCCGCUCCCGACCGCCCGUGCGGCCCCUCGGGCGAGUCGCCGCUGCACGUGGCGGCCGCCUGCCGCAGACGCGACUGCGCGUUCGAGCUGAUUCUGCGCGGCGCGGACCCCAACCCCUGCGACGAAAACGGCGAAACGCCCCUGCACAGAGCGGCGACGGGCACAGGAGGGCGAGGAGGGGUGGAUGUGGCUGCUGGAGAACUUUUGCUAUUCUGUAUUUCUCUUUGUCUCGUCUCCAGAGCGGCGACGCACGGGCGAGGAGGGUUGAGCGGCGACGUCACGGGCGAGGAGGGGUUGGUGUGGCUGGCGGGAACUUUGCUAAUUCUGUAUUUUUCUCUUUGUCUCGUUCCAGACGCGGCGCGGCACGGCGAGGAGGGGUGGUGUGGCUUGCUGGAGAACUUUGCUAAUUCUAGCGGCGCGGAACGCAAACGGGCGAGGAGGGUGGUGUGGCUACUGGGAACUUUGCUAAUUCUGUAUUUCUCUUUGUCUCGUCUCCAGAGCGGCGACGGCACGGGCGACGGAGGAGCGGCGACGCACGGCGAGAGAUGGUGGUGUUGGCUGUCUGGUGGACUUCGGGGCGGCCGCUAUGUGGACGCGCGCUGUCGCCGCAUGCAGACGCCGCUCACCGCGCCGCCGCCCACGCGCAUGCGCACUGCGCGGAGACGCUGGCUGGGCGUCGGCGCCGCCGUGCUGGCCAGGGACUGCGAGGGCGCCCACGCCGCUGCACCAUGCCGCCGCCGCCACCCGCGCCUCCAACACUCGUGCGCACGCUGCUGCAGCGGGGCGCCGACCUCGACGCCAGGACUACAAAAG